AUGAAGUCCGUGUCCGCCACCCUCGCGCUCGCAAUCGCCGCGCUCGCCGCCUCCGCUGCCGCGGGCCCCAUCGAAGGUCGGGACAUCAUCACCAAGACGUUCACGUUUGACGGAACGACGACGGUCGAGACGAUCACGUUCGACCCGCCGGGCUCUUUUCCCACCGGGGACGUCGCGGCGCUCGCGGCGCGCGACGUGAUCACCACGACGGUCACCUUCGACGGGACGACGAUCGUGGAGACGAUCACCUUCGACCCUCCGGGGUCGUUCCCUACGGGGGCGCUCUGA